AGGGAGAGAAGAAUGAAACUCGAGAAGAAGAAAGGUAUUGGGGCGAAGAGAAGAGGGAAAAAGAGUUCCAUCGAUCAUGAUCCUUUCUUAGAGGAAGAGACAGAGAAGCGGAGAAAAUUCAAUUACGAUGAUGAUGAUGAUAUCGAAUCUGUAGAAUCUGAAGAGGAAGGGAAGGUUGGUGAGGAGGUGGAGGAUGAGUUUGCUCAUGAGACGGUAGGCGAGAAACGAAAGAGACUGGCGGAGGAUACUUUGAAUAGAAUCGAAGAGGCGAAACAGAGAGAGCAUGAAGAAGAUAACGAGGAAGAUGAUGAUUUUAGAGAUUCGCUUGUGGCAAAGACUCUAAUGCAGGAACAGCUCGAGAAGAGUGGUCGUGUUCGGAGAGCCAAUGCAUUGAGGGUUCAAGAUCUACAGAGUAGCGAUAAGUUUCGUGUUAUAGUCAAACACCAACAUUCUGUUACAGGAGUAGCUCUAUCAGAUGAUGAUUCAAGAGGGUUCUCAGUUUCGAAAGACGGUACUAUUCUGCAUUGGGAUGUAUCUUCUGGUAAAAGUGAUGAGUACAAAUGGCCAAGCGAUGAAGUUUUGAAGUCUCACGGGUUAAAGUUCCAGGAAUCUUGGUAUACAAGACAUAACAAACAAUCUCUAGCAUUAGCUGUUAGCUCUGAUGGCCGGUAUUUAGCGACUGGAGGAGUUGAUUGCCAUGUUCAUUUGUGGGAUAUCCGAACACGAGAGCAUGUCCAGGCUUUUACAGGUCACUGUGGCAUUGUUUCUAGUCUAUGCUUUAGAGAAGGAACUGCAGAACUCUUUUCUGGUUCAUAUGAUGGAACAUUAAGUAUAUGGAAUGCAGAACAUAGAACAUAUAUAGAAUCAUGUUUUGGACACCAGUCUGAACUUCUAUCCAUUGAUGCUCUAGGGAGGGAGCGUGUUCUCAGUGUUGGACGCGAUAGAACAAUGCAGUUAUAUAAGGUUCCCGAGUCUACUCGGUUGAUCUAUCGAGCUUCCGAAUCAAAUUUUGAGUGCUGCUGUUUUGUUAAUAGUGAUGAGUUUUUGUCCGGAUCAGAUAAUGGAAGUAUUGCACUUUGGUCCAUUUUGAAAAAGAAACCAGUGUUUAUCGUUAACAAUGCUCACCACGUGAUAGCUGAUCAUGAUUCUGUUAACCAUAACUGUACACCAGCAUGUUCUUGGGUCAGUUCAGUUGCUGUCUGUAGAGGUAGCGAGCUUGCUGCAUCGGGAGCUGGUAAUGGUUGUGUGCGUUUAUGGGGUGUUGAAAGUGGAUCUAGUGCUAUACAACCUUUAUACGAGCUUCCACUUCCUGGGUUUGUGAACUCUUUAGCUUUUGCAAAAUCUGGUCGGUUUCUGAUCGCUGGUGUUGGACAGGAACCGCGGCUCGGAAGAUGGGGUUGCUUAAAAUCUGCGCAGAACGGUGUUGCAAUACAUCCCUUAAGGCUUUCAUGAAGGGAUCUCAAUU